AACAAAUCUGUCUGACUGCCACCAGGACAUAGGAAGCGUGUGCCUGUCAAAGAAAUCAAGUUUACUUUUUCUGACUUGUUAACAGAGGCAGGGUAUAAAUAGGGCUAACUCUGCUCAGACUAUUAGCAUUUCUCUUAAAAUAAGGGGUGACUUCCUAGGACCUUUAAUCCAAUGAGGUCCAAAGCACGCUGCUCUAGCAGGAGAGGCAGCGAAGGAGCUUGCUGAAGCUUUUACAGAGGUCAGGUGCACUCGGGUUCCUCGAAAAUUUAAGGCUCACCGAAAGCGGCACCCAGGCAGACAGGCGCUGCCUCCAGCUCGGUCACUGCCGCUGCCCAGGAGACGUUCUGAGAUGGUGUUGGUGCUGUUCACGCGGUGGAUGUGGAUCUUGCUGGGGAAGAGCAGCGUCCUGUUGCUUCUGGAGGUCUCUCUGCAAGGGAGAGCUCUGCCCCCGAUCCGGUACUCGCACGCGGGGAUAUGCCCCAAUGACAUGAACCCCAACCUGUGGGUAGACGCGCAGAGCACUUGCAAGAGGGAGUGCGAAGCCGACCUGGAGUGUGAGACCUUCGAGAAGUGCUGCCCCAAUGUCUGCGGGACGAAGAGUUGCGUGGCGGCUCGGUACAUGGAUGUCAAGGGGAAGAAAGGGCCGGUGGGAAUGCCCAAAGAGGCAACCUGCGACCGCUUCAUGUGCAUCCAGCAAGGCUCGGAGUGUGACAUCUGGGACGGGCAGCCCGUCUGCAAGUGCAAGGACAGGUGUGAGAAGGAGCCGAGCUUCACCUGUGCUUCUGACGGGCUCACCUACUACAACAAGUGCUACAUGGACGCAGAAGCUUGCAUCAAAGGCAUUACUCUGAACGUAGUCACCUGUCGAUAUCAUCUUACCUGGCCAAACACCAGCCCGAUCCCACCAGAAACAACAGCUCGCCCUACUACGGCCUAUUCCGAGACCACGAUCGUCGAUAUCUUACCGCCGGCAUUAGUGAACAACCCCGUCCAUCAGUCAGUCUACGUAGGAGAGACUGUCAGCUUCCUCUGUGAUGUUACAGGGAGACCUAAGCCAGAAAUUACGUGGGAGAAGCAGGUUGAGGGGAAAGAAAAAGUCAUUAUGAAGCCAAAUCACGUCAGAGGGAACGUUGUGGUCACUAACAUAGCCCAGCUGGUCAUCUACAACACCCAGCUGCAAGAUGCAGGCAUCUACACCUGCACCGCCAGAAACAGCGGUGGCCUUCUCAGGGCUGAUUUCCCAUUGUCAGUCAUCAAAGGAGAACCCACAUCCAAAGAAGCUUCCCAGAAUAGAACACACUUCCCAACCGAUGAGUGCCUGAAGCAACCAGACAGCGAAGACUGUGGAGAAGAGCAGACCAGGUGGUAUUAUGAUGCAAAGAAAAACAACUGCUUCACUUUCAUUUAUGGGAACUGUAACAGCAACCUCAACCACUUUGAGACCUAUGAGAACUGUAUGUUAACGUGCAUGAACGGCCCAAUCAACAUUUGCAAUCUACCAGCCCUCCAAGGUCACUGCAAAGCCUACGAGCCCAGAUGGGCCUACAACAGCUUGACAAAGCAGUGCCAGUCCUUCAUUUAUGGUGGGUGUGGAGGUAACGAGAACAACUUUGAGAGCCGGGAGGCCUGCGAAGAGAUGUGCCCUUUCCCAAAGAACACGCACUGCAAAGCUUGCAAGCCACGCCAGAAGCUGGUGACGAGCUUCUGCAAAAGCGACUUCGUGAUCCUGGGCCGUAUUACAGAACUGACCGAAGACCAAGACUCAGGACAUGCCCUGGUGACAGUGGAGGAGAUUCUCAAAGAUGAAAAAAUGGGAUUAAAAUUCCUGGGGAAGGAACCCCUGGAAAUAACGCUUUUCAACAUGGACUGGAGCUGCCCGUGUCCCAAUAUGACCACGGUGGACGGUCAGCUCAUCAUCAUGGGAGAUGUCCACAACGGCAUGGCUGUCCUGCAGCCAGACAGCUUUGUGGGGACCUCCAGCAUCCGGCGCGUGCGGAAACUCCGUGAAGUCAUCCACAAGAAAACCUGUGAGCUUCUGAAAGAGUUUCUAGGAUUACAUUAACCUCCUUCACACACGUCAGCCUUCCAGACCUGUGUGUUACGUAGGGCUAACAAGGGCUAGGCUAGUGCACAAACUAAACCAGCUGCUUGAAGAUACACUGUAGGAAUUAUGCAGAACCCUUAUUUUAAUCCAUUAAUGAUGCUUAGCAACAACGUAGUAUGGUCUUUGGCAAGCACAUAAAACAGCAGCAAAAGGCUAUUAAUCUUGCAUUGAAAUAAAUUUGUCCAUAUAGGAAUGCCAUUUAACUAGAUGACUCACUGCAGUAACUAUGCAAUUUUUAUAUAGCUUCCAUCAUAAAUGACGGAAUUCAUAGUAGCUAAAUGGUACACAGCUAAGUAAUAUGUAAUAUCAACUUAAUCUGUCUCAUUUACAGUAUGGAAAUGUGAUGCUAAGUUGUUAUGAAUAAGUCCUAUUCUUGCCUCCUCGUAGCAGCACUAAUAUAUUUCGAGAGAAAAGCCUGUAAGUUAUUGUCUGUAUUUACAGUUGUGCAAAUCUAACCAAUCUAUGCACUCUCGACUCCCUUAUUUUAAUUCCUAGCUGUUUCCUUUGCAUUGUACCUCAUUUCUGAAUGGCAACUACUACCUGUCCUUACUUGAGGAAAUUCCCACAGAGGAACUCCCUCGAUCCGAAAUGCAGGACAACAGGUCCAUGCAAAAGGCCAAGGCACAGCCUCACCCCUGAAAUUACUUUUCUAUCCUAACAAUGUCAGCAAACACUCUUACUCUGUUGCACUCUCCUGUUUUUGUUUUAGUCAGCAUGCCGUCUAUCUCUCACGCGAACUCCAGGCGAGGAGCUGGCUCUCUGCUGCCAGCUGUCAGGCUUUUGAAAAUCCUUUACACUUGAUCACAUGCAGCGAUGUAUUGCUUAAUUUCAUCAGAAAGCCUGUUUCUGUAGUUGAGAAAGUAAAAUAAAAGCAGCCAGAAUGAAGUUCAAAAUAGGAAAGUGCCACCCACAGUCUGCAGCCUGCACUCCGCGUGCACAGACAGACAACCAGUGAAGGGCUGCACAGACACACACAGCGGACACUUCAAAGGCAUUUAUCAAUCUGAUCAUUUUAGGGCACACUUUCAAACCGCAGAACACAUUUUGCACAGAGCCAUGUGCAUGAAUAGAAGCCCUGAGACACGGCGUGAGCUGUGGGUGUGAGUGUGCGUGUACUCACCUGAACAUCUGCAUGUCCAAAACGUGUAACUUUUGCCUAUGCAAAAAUCCUUAAAUAAAGAAAAUGCUGUUCCUGGAAAAA